AGUCCCGCCCCCGCCUCCCUCCUCUGCCCCGAGGCAUGCUGGGAAAUGUAGUUCCGGGGCCCAGCGCGCAGGAGGCGGAGCAACAUGGACCCUGCGGUUUCGAUCCGGGAUUGCCGGGCGGAAGACUGCCCCGAAGUCCUGCGUUUGAUCCGGGAACUGGCAGAAUAUGAGAAAGUGCCUGAGCAGGUGAAAAUCAGCGACCAAGGACUUUUCCAAGAUGGGUUUGGCCAGGAUCCAUUCUACAAAUGCUUGGUGGCCGAAGUCCCCCGAGAACGCCAAAGCAAAGCGGGUCACACCAUCGUAGGUUACGCCCUGUAUUUCUUCACGUAUAGCACCUGGAAAGGACGGAACAUCUAUAUGGAAGACCUCUAUGUGAUGCCAGAAUUUCGGGGACAAGGGAUUGGGAAGAAGCUGAUGCGCACGAUUGCUCAGAUUGGCUUGGAGAAGGGCUGCACCCAGAUGAAAUUCAGCGUCCUGGACUGGAACCGGCCGGCCAUCGACUUCUACCUGGGCGAAGGGGCCGUGGACUUGACCGCGGCCGAAGGGUGGCACGUCUUCCGCUUCGAGGCCGACACCAUGCGCCAACUGGCAAAUAAAUAAACCAUUUUGGCUCCAACAA